CCUCUUGGAGUCACCAAAACAAAUACUAAUUCAUCUCUGUCUUUCUUCCCUUUCUGGUAGUGAUAGCGAACCAACGGAAAACGCAUUCCAUAUUCCCCCCCUUCGUAGUAAGUGAUUUAGAUUCCAAACAACAAUGUCGAUGGUCGACGAGCCGUUGUAUCCGAUAGCGGUACUAAUCGACGAGCUAAAGAACGACGAUAUUCAGCUACGGUUGAAUUCCAUUAGGAAACUUUCUACAAUCGCCCGUGCGUUAGGAGAGGAACGGACGCGAAAGGAGUUGAUUCCUUUCUUAAGUGAAAACAAUGACGACGAUGACGAGGUUCUGCUUGCAAUGGCGGAAGAGUUAGGCGUGUUUAUUCCUUACGUUGGCGGGUUGGAAUACGCUCAUGUGUUGUUACCUCCUUUGGAAACGCUUUGUAUCGUCGAAGAAACGUGUGUUAGAGAUAAAGCUGUCGAGUCGUUGUGUAGGAUUGGGUCGCAGAUGAGAGAGACGGAUUUGGUUGACUGGUUUAUACCUCUUGUUAAGAGGUUGGCAGGUGGGGAGUGGUUUACUGCACGAGUCUCUGCGUGUGGAUUGUUUCACAUUGCUUAUCCUAGUGCUUCAGAGAUGUUGAAGGCAGAAUUGAGGUCGAUAUAUAGUCAGUUAUGUCAAGACGAUAUGCCUAUGGUUAGGAGAUCUGCUUCUACAAACUUGGGGAAGUUUGCUGCUACUGUGGAACCGACUCAUCUUAAGACUGAUGUUAUGCAAAUAUUCCAGGAUCUUACUCAGGAUGAUCAAGAUUCUGUUCGUUUGCUUGCUGUCGAGGGUUGUGCUGCUCUUGGAAAGUUGCUGGAACCCCAAGACUGUGUUGCACAUAUUCUUCCGGUCAUUGUCAGUUUUUCCCAGGACAAGUCAUGGCGUGUUCGCUAUAUGGUGGCUAAUCAGCUGUAUGAGCUAUGUGAAGCUGUUGGCACUGAACCUACCAAGACGGACUUGGUUCCAGCAUAUGUUAGGCUUCUUCGAGAUAACGAAGCUGAAGUGCGUAUAGCAGCUGCCGGCAAGGUCACCAAAUUCUCUCGCAUACUUAGCCCAGAACUUGCAAUUCAGCAUAUUCUUCCAUGUGUCAAGGAGUUGUCUUCGGAUUCUUCUCAGCAUGUUAGGUCUGCUCUAGCCUCCGUUAUAAUGGGCAUGGCCCCAGUUUUAGGCAAGGAUGCAACCAUUGAACAACUUCUCCCUAUAUUUCUGUCACUUCUAAAAGACGAGUUUCCAGACGUGCGCCUCAAUAUUAUCAGUAAGCUAGAUCAAGUGAAUCAGGUGAUAGGGAUCGAUCUUUUGUCUCAAUCCUUGUUGCCAGCAAUUGUGGAACUGGCAGAGGACAGGCAUUGGAGGGUUCGAUUGGCUAUAAUAGAAUACAUACCUCUGUUGGCUAGUCAGUUGGGUGUAGGCUUUUUCGAUGAUAAGCUUGGUGCUCUCUGCAUGCAAUGGUUACAGGACAAGGUUUAUUCUAUCAGAGAAGCUGCUGCUAACAACCUGAAGCGGCUGGCAGAGGAAUUUGGUCCAGAUUGGGCAAUGCAACACAUUGUUCCACAGGUGCUGGAAAUGGUGAACAACCCACAUUACUUGUAUCGCAUGACCAUUCUUAGUGCAAUUUCUCUACUUGCUCCUGUUUUGGGCUCAGAAAUCACUUGCUCUAAGCUGCUUCCCGUGGUGGUUGUUCUAGCCAAGGACAGAGUAGCAAAUAUCAGAUUUAAUGUGGCGAAGGUCUUGCAAUCUUUUAUUCCUAUCGUUGACCAAUCUGUGGUUGAAAAAACGAUACGCCCCUGCCUGGUCGAGCUAGGGGAAGAUCCGGAUGUUGAUGUCCGUUACUUCUCCAAGGAAGCACUUCAGGCUAUCGAUCAAGUUAUGAUGUCUACAUAGAGAAAUUCGCUUUGAAUUUGAUGUGGUUGCUUGCUAGUAUUCUUCUUCACUAACUUGUUACUUCUAAGGCCCUUAUAUAAGCACCAAACAUAGAUAAGAUACAAUUAGUUCCCCUCUUCUGUUCCUUCUUCCUUUGUCUAUCGACUCUAUUCUAGUCUGGGUUUUCUUUUCUUUCCGAAAACUUAGCAGACGAUAUCGUGUCUCAUGAUUAUGAAUGCAGAUUAAGAUGCUUGUUUCUGUCCCUGAAAGCGUGUGUGCUGUUUGUUGUCAUCUUCAUUCUCUGGUAGUUUUGACAUAUGUUGAUAGGUAAUCAGUCAAGAACGGUGAUAAAAUUUUGUUAUGGGCUGAUUCUUUUUCAUGUUGUGUCUCCCUUUGGAUUAA